CCGCUCAGUACGGAAUAGUUUUCGCUGGUGCUUGUUCGCUUGUCCAUUAGUGUCCCCAUCUGUCUACAGAUCCUGUUUAUAUGAACGUCGCAUCCUCGCGAAUUUCUGUUGCUGGUUUUCGUUGUAUCUUCAUUCAUACCCUUGCUCGACCUACCACUUGAAGAGCAAAAACACGAUGAGUUUGUAGAAAAUGAGGGUCUCCACCAAGUUGAAGACUGCGCUGCAGCGUGCGCUGCGAGACUGUUUGUUUAGUUCUCCAAAAGGAGAGGAUGCUAGUAUCGGUUUAUCAGGUCGUUUAGGUUUACUUCAACCAUGGAACAGCAAGAGUGCCGAAACAUCAUGUCGUAGGUCAUUGUGGUCGUCUUGUCCUUCCAGCUCUCCCAGCUGUAGUUCAAGUCGAUACUUCAGCACUUCCGAAGCAGCCAGAGCGCCUCCAGUUCACGAUGGAGACCAGAGGGAGCAUCAGGAUCGUGCAAGACCGAAUAUCUGUGUCUCUACAAGAACUCCAGCACACAUCAACAAGCAUCCAUGGGACAGUAUCGAAGAGGGCCUACGCAAUGCUAUAGAGGAGACCAGGAGAAACGAAAGUGUAUUGACUUUGGCUUUGGCUGAAAGACAUACUGAUAGUUGCACCAGUUGUACAUCAACUAUUGGUAUUCUCCUUGCUGCGAAGCCAGAAGUACGCCGAUGGCUGAUAAAGGUUGGAGACGAUCAGAAGACUCCGACCGAAUCAGCUUUCACCAAACUAAUUUUUUCGUGUGAUCGUUUGGGCCUGCAUCGCGGGUUGCUGCUGGCGCUGUCUUGGCGAUGUCGUGAGCGUUUGCAGAGGUAUUUUGAGGGUGUGUCUGAGAAGAGCCACAGCGCCAGCACGUCUGCUUCCGCUUUAAAUGACGAUGAAGCAGCGCUAAAAACUUCUUCAAGCGACGUAAAGCGAAAGCAACUUUUAGAAGAAGCAAUCUCAGACGCGACGCGUGCUUUGAUGCUUGAUAUCAGAGCCCGGGCUGGUGACUUCGACCUGCUACGCGUGCGGGCUUUGGCUUUCGAGCUCUUAGACUACAAGGAAGAGUCCAAGCGGGACCUAGCUUUGUGGAGACAACUGCGAAGGAUAGCUACAGUGGAGAAGAAACGAUACGGUGAUAGGCGAGGGACAUCAGAGCAGAGCCACAAGGAGAAAAGAACGGUAGAAGUUGUGACAGCAUCUUCAGCGAUUUCAGAUAAAGAGAGUUCCACCAACACAGCAUGUCUCCUCAAUUCUUGGACGAGACAUGACUAUGCGCAAGUGCCUGAGAAACGGAUGAUAACGCAGAAGCUCCGGGAAAUGUCAGCCAGACGUAGGAUUCGCGAACAAGCUGCUCUAGGAUAGAAAAUUGAUCUCAAAUGAUGACGGUACAGUUUUGAUUUUGUCAUUGCAGAAAAAUCGCCAUCAACAUCAUAUUUGCUCUGCCAUGUUUGAAUACCAGAUGGUCUAGC